CCUCGAGGCCACGUCCACGUCCACUGCGCAAUAGUGCGCAUACGUCGAUCUCGAGAUUCUGCUUGGCGUUUUAUUUGUCUCCAGUGUGUGGACGACGCGGAUUCACCGUCCCCAGCUGUCAGUUUACUUGGUCUUGUCAUGUUUUCUGAUGCACCUAGCAUACAGUGAAGACUGAAAUCUAUGGAAAGUCUUGUCUCUUGCCAGUCUAGUAAUAACACGUCCAGGUCUUGGCUCAAUUAUUUUCUUUUCCAGCUAAAGUCCAUGUAAAACGCAUUUUCUGCAGGAAUCUUGAAUGGUCGGAACAAUCGGACUUUUCAAAGCCAAUAGCAGUAGAGUUCAUAGUAUUCUCAACAAACUUGGAAUCCCUGUAGAUAGCUCGUCGUCUGGUAUCAUGUCCAGCUCAAUUCUAGCAUCAGCGAUAUCUUAUGGCGCCUCUGCGUUCAUGAUCGUGGGCGGUGUACUGCCAUACGUUCCGCAGUAUAUGACGAUCAGCAAAUCCGGAUCAGUCGGUGGAUUCUCAACCAAAGUCUGCCUGGUACUUCUGCUGGCCAACAUGUUACGAAUUGCCUUCUGGUUUGGCCAUCCUUUUGAACUUCCUUUACUGCUGCAGAGUAUCAUAAUGGUGAUUGCCAUGUUGGUGCUGCUGCGCCUCUGCGUGAAAGUAACGCCCAACACCAAAGGGAAACGCCGUUUUUUAGACUUUGAUUUCGACUAUUUCUGGAAAUGGACCAGCUUUGAGGACUACGUCCAGUUCCUUGCAGCGAUGGCCUGUGCCAUCGGCAUCUCCAUGGCAGCACUGCGGCACAGCUAUAUAUUUGUAGAGGGCAUCGGAUUGGCGGCGCUGAUGACGGAAGCUUGCCUUGCGCUACCUCAGUUUCUGCACAACUAUGAAACCAAGUCGACGCAAGGCAUGAGUGUGGCCAUGGUGACGCUGUGGCUUGCUGGCGACAUCUUCAAGACGAUCUACUUCAUUGCUAAGCAAACCCCACUACAGUUCUGGCUGUGCGGCUUCCUGCAGAUCAGCUUGGACCUAGCCAUAUUCUACCAGGUGGGCACGUACGUAUGAGACUGACAAACCAUGCAACAUGCACACUAGUGCUUGUGCUGCUACCAAGGACGGUAGUAACACUGAUGCUCUUUCCUGUGUGCUCUUGAUUGUUGUGUAUGUUCAAAGGCUAUUUAUGUGCUAUUGAUGUCCUCAGAUGACUGGAUAAUGUAGUAUAUAAUUAUAAUUACGAUAUGCUUCUGUCUACCUUUUUUUCCUCAUUUUUAAGGCAAGUAUACAGCUUUAGUCUUUAUGAGGAGUACACAGCGUAUGUGCUCAGGUGUUUUUACAAACUGGGCUGAGCUGGACUCGGCCUGGCUUUGCACAGCUAAUCAAAUCCCUGCUAGCCGCUUUUGCAGUGUUGUCACCAGUCAGAUUAGAGCUGCUGCGACACGACGCGAAUCAGCAAAGCGCUUUGCACACGUUACUUUUUCUUACUCUUUUUUACUGUUGUGGUGUUUUAGUGGGAUAGGAGAACCAACCAUCAGAACAUGUGCACAUAUGACAACUUUUAACUAUUCUUUUUCUUUGUAGAAAUAUCGUGGGAAUGAUUUUUUUUAAAUUGAACAAUUCUGCAGUUACACAAGCUCCCUUGCCCUAUUUUGUACUUAGUAGUUUGGAACGCUUCCCCCUCAACCCAGCAGAUUUCUUCUAGCUAGCUAUCAUGCACAAUGCGGAGUCGGUGGUUUUUCGCAACGACUCUAUUACCAGUAUGCUCAGUACAUUGCCUUUCAGUGGACGAUGAUUGUGAGAAAUGUAAGCACUAA